GACAUCAACACUUUUAAAGCCGUGCCUAGGCAGGAAGUCGGUCCGGCUCCGCCAUUUUAACAUCCUCAUCCUUUAGAGGAGAGCGCUCUAAUUUGGCCGUUCUAGUCAGUCGUCAGUCGUUAGAAACGUUUGUAUUCGGUCGUCUAUGUAGGUGUUUAGCCUAUACAAAUUCUAUUUAGUCAUUUUUUCACUAAUUCCAAAUUAGUUCCUACGGAAGAACCGCUAUGCCGAGCCACCCGCUGCGCGUGGCGGUUGUGUGCUCGAGCAACCAGAACCGCAGUAUGGAAGCGCACAAUAUCCUCAGCAAACGUGGAUUUGACGUGCGUUCAUUUGGGACUGGCUCCCACGUGAAGCUGCCUGGCCCUGCCCCGGAUAAGCCUAAUGUUUACGACUUCAAAACAUCUUAUGAACAGAUGUACAACGACCUGGUCCGCAAGGACAAGGAACUGUACACCCAGAAUGGAAUCCUUCACAUGCUGGACCGCAACAAGCGUAUCAAAACCAGACCGGAGCGGUUCCAGAACUGUAAGGACCACUUUGACCUGGUCAUUACCUGUGAAGAGAGGGUCUACGACCAAGUCCUGGAAGACCUCAGCUCCAGAGAACAGGAGACGCUGCAGUCGGUGCACGUCAUCAACGUGGACAUCCAGGACAACCACGAGGAAGCCACGCUCGGGGCCUUCCUCAUCUGUGAGCUGUGUCAGUGUAUCCAGCACACGGACGACAUGGAGAAUGAAAUCGACGAGCUGAUUCAGGAGUUUGAAGAUAAGAGUAACAGGCCUUUCCUACACACCGUGUGCUUCUACUGACGGCCCCCGUCCAAAUCUUGCAAUAAAACCUACCACCCCCCCCCCCCCCCCCGCCCAUAAGCCGUGAACCAACAGCAGUACACACACACUCUUUAAGCAAGCCAUCUACACCGCUCUGUGUGUGUGUGUGUGUGUAUCGAUGAUCACAUUACACGCGUGUCCCUGUACGCAGCUGUAACGCACACGUGUGUACGAAGGCCAGCGCACUGGGUUCUGCGAUGGCUCGGUGACGGUUUCUGACAAACGGUGAGGACGGGUUGUCCUUCAUGCUGAGGAUAGCCUCUUGCCUUUGGAUCCAAUGUCAGGCCAUGGUCCCUCCUCCCCCAGACCCCUUACUCAACCCUUCAUGCCCACCCAGCCACGCCUCUCUCGGGAGAGCAAGACCCCAGCCAAUCUUAUAGUAGGAUAUACAGUUUUUGUUUUUAUUUCUUUUGAAUUGGAGGCUGAUUGUGCUCUUUUUGUUUUCUCAAAUUCUAGCAAUUGUUUUGGUUUUUGAGUCAUUUUGACCCUGGCUGGUGUAAAUGUGCUUGAUGAAUGACAUGAAUUGACACGUCUAUGCUGAUGCGUGACUGCCUGAAAGGACAAGUGACCGUGUGCUAGAGAUUAGUCCAUAAAUCGGAGGGUUGAUGUUGACUAACCAAACUGAGACGUAUCCCUCCGGUUAGAUUCCAUCAUAAUGUGUUGAUUCUUAUUUAUACUCAGAUUUGCUGUCUUUCAGGGUAUCGUUUUGUUUUAUUUUGUAAAUGUAAAAGAAUAGAGAAAGCAUUGUAAUUAUUUGCUGCAAGCUCAGUCAAGAGUGCCUGAAUUCUGUAUGUACAUAUGAAUCCACUAAAGAAACAAUCUCUUCAGAAACCUUUCUGCUCUUGUCUGCUUUGAGUAUUAUUUUUUUUAUUGUGUAUGUUUACGUUUUUUAAACUCGUUUUAAAAUCUUUUAUUUAAAAGUAAACUGGAGGUAUGCCAAGUUGAUUCUAUAAAAAAAACGAGUCCAUCACAGCAAGCUGCCCAAAACAUACAAUGUCCUUUGUUAACCAUUAGAAUGUUGUAAACCAUUCCGGUCAUAUAUUUUGAGACGCCAAUAAUUAGAUUAUGUAUCAAUACUGGGCUGUAAUGGCUAAACAUCGAACAAUCCCACGCGCUAGGUCGCAUACGAUCUUGAGGACCAAUUUGAGCGUGUAUGUCUAUAAUGACUGUCUUUUGUCACUUGCGCCUCUGCGCGCUCUAAAAAAGCAAUGAAGAUGAAAGCGAUUCUGCAACAAUUGUCACUUGGGUUUGCGUUCGUAAAGGUAAGAAACAACGCGAAAUCUCCAGUGCCUCGUAACGUCCAGGAUGUUGCCGUUUACAAAAGCUAACAGAUAAAAUACCUGUUUUUGACAUGUGUCCGUCGACGUCGGCUUGACAUAAACUGUUUUGGACCGAUUUCACAACUCCAACGUACCGUUUGUCUCAGGCAAUAACUUUACUAUUUACUAGACACACACACUCGCUUUCCUUGAAAUUUCU